UUGGCGGAGCACGUGGAUUUCAAGGCUUGGAGGCAUCUAAAGAAGACGAAGAAGGAAGAAGCUUGGAUUUCAUGUGCAGGACCCACACAACUUAGUUAGACACAUUGUUGUUGCAUUGAUGUGGUCGUGGAAGAGCAGGUUGCGAAACUCGUUGCCGAAAGGAGCAGUUAGUCAGUCGGUGUCGAUGUGUGUGUGCUUGUGGAUGUGGGUUGCGUCGAGAGAAACAUGAGUCCAGUGGGAGAACCAUUAGCAGCAUCAGGAGCAGCAUCUCUGGGAAGUUGUGAAAUGGAGGAGGUGGAUUUGGAGGUUGAGCACGGCGUAAGGGAUGUGUAGGUGUUUGUGUGUCUACGAGGAUUUUGCCGAGGGAUGGUGAUGCGUAGGAGGAGCAGCAGGUAUAGGAAGGAGUUGGAGAGUGGGUCUGGUUUGGAGGGUCAACGCUCUUAGCCAUGCCUCACAAGGAGGAUGUGGCAUGGUGGCGCCCUCUCUUCCUAAUCGCGCUGAUGCCCAUCGGAGUAUUGGGCAAUGUCGAGGGAGAUGCACUCAAUGCUUUUCGGCAAAAUUUGAUUGAUAAUGGCAACGUGCUGCAGAGUUGGGUGCCAGAUCUUGUAAACCCCUGCACUUGGUUUUAUAUUACCUGCAAUGACGAAUUGAACGUCAUUCGAGUGGAUUUAGGAAAUGCUGGUUUAUCAGGAACAUUAGUGCCGCAACUUGGGGUCCUUACGAAGCUACAAUACCUGGUGUUGUAUAGUAACAACAUUACUGGUCAAAUUCCUAAAGAGCUGGGAAACAUCAGUGCUCUUGUUAGUCUGGAUCUUUAUCAAAACAACUUUACUGGCCCAAUACCAGAUAGUCUUGGACAGCUGAGCAAUCUCCGAUUUCUUCGGUUGAACAACAAUAGCUUGACCGGAUCCAUUCCUGCUUCUCUUACCGCCAUUCAAGGAUUGCAAGUCUUGGAUCUCUCGUACAAUAAGUUAUCUGGACCCGUUCCUACGUAUGGCUCCUUUUCAUUAUUCACACCCAUCAGUUUUUUGGGAAAUGACGGUCUGUGCGGAUCAGUGGUCGGCAAACCGUGCCCUGGAGAACCCCCAUUCCCACCUCCUCCUCCGUUCACGCCUCCACCUCCACAAAGUACAUAUUGGCAGUCGGCGAAAGGUCAACAAACAAGUACAGGAGCUAUUGCAGGUGGUGUUGCCGCAGGUGCCGCUUUGUUAUUCUCGAUUCCUGCCAUUGCUUAUGCGUGGUGGCGUCGCCGGAGGCCCCUUGAUGCCUUCUUUGAUGUUGCUGCUGAAGAAGAUCCAGAGAUGCAAUUAGGACAGCUUAGACGUCAUAGUCUGAGAGAGCUUCAGGUGGCAACAGACGACUUCAGCGACAGAAACAUUUUAGGUCGUGGUGGGUUUGGAAUGGUUUAUAAAGGCCGAUUAGCAGACGGGACGCUCGUGGCUAUCAAACGCCUCAAAGAGCAACGCUCUCCUCGAGGAGAGCUGCAGUUUCAAAAUGAGGUUGAGAUGAUUAGUAUGGCAGUACACCGAAAUUUAUUACGGCUUCGUGGAUACUGCACUUCCUCUACCGAACGGUUGCUUGUGUACCCGUACAUGGGGAAUGGGAGUGUUGCCUCUCGAUUGCGAGAACGUGUGGAUGGAGAGCGCCCUCUGAGUUGGCAGACUAGGAAGAAAAUUGCACUAGGAGCUGCCCGAGGGCUAUCGUACUUGCACGAUCAUUGUGACCCAAAAAUUAUCCAUCGUGAUGUUAAGGCUGCCAACAUUCUCUUGGACGAAGAAUUUGAAGCAGUAAUGGGAGAUUUUGGUCUUGCUAAACUGAUGGAUUAUAAAGACGCACAUGUCACGACUGCUGUGGUUGGGACUAUCGGCCACAUAGCACCAGAAUAUCUUUCCACUGGAAAAUCGUCGGAGAAGACGGACGUUUUUGGGUAUGGAAUCUUUUUACUGGAGCUUGUCACUGGGCGACGUGCUUUUGACUUGUCCGGCAUGGCUAAUGCUGGUGGUGCGAUGCUCUUGGAUUGGGUGACAAAUUUAUUGGGGGAACAUAAGAUCUAUAUUCUGGUAGACCCUGAUCUUGAGAAAAAUUACGAUGAGGAAGAAGUUGAAGAGCUAAUUCAGGUAGCACUACUCUGCACUCAAGGCUCUCCAGUAGAUCGGCCAAAAAUGGGUGAUGUUGUGCACAUUCUGGAAGGAGAUGGUCUAGCAGAGCGCUGGGAGGAAUGGCAGAAGGUGGAAGUUAUUCGGAAGCAAGACUACGAUAUGCCAACCCGCCAAACAUCACAAUGGAUUUUAGAUUCCACAGAGAAUCUUCAUGCUGUUGAACUUUCUGGUCCGAGAUGAUAUGCAGGUUUGUAAUGUUACGCAAAUGUUUCUCUGCGUUGUAAUUUUAUUGGUCCUAGUGGUUUUUUUUUUUUUAUUUAUUUAAAAAAAAACCAAUACUAUUUUAGAGCCUUUGGCAUGUGCUCUUGUAUGAGAGCUUCGGUGUAUGAUCCCGCUUCAUAUUCUUGGCAUGCAUAUUUUCACAGAACGUAGAUCAGUGAAUUGAGGUGUCCGGCGAGAUCUUGAGAUUAUUAUUGCUGCAACAGAAGAUUUUGAAGACCUAUUUGUAGGCAGUGUUUGAUCAACACUUAAAUCAGGGUUAACCUCUGGUACAAGGACAGGGUGGGACAUUCGAAUUCCAGCAAGGCAAGUCCAUGUAGAGUGUAGAUGCGUUUGUUGGGAAUUAUUCUUAAAUCAAAGUGCUGUGAUUGUCCAGGGUUCCUUACAUGUACCUUGUCUAUGUUUUAAAGAAAAACGACUGCACAUUUGGAGAUGUGUUAUUGCCUCUUAAAUCGAGCUCCAUCUAAUUUAUUUCUUCAAGCCA